ACAUAACGACGUAACCACCCACCACCAUAUUGAAAAAUGUAUUAGUUUAUCGAUGAUGAAUUGAUGAUGAGCAAGUGUUUUUAAUUUUUUGAAGUGUAGAAACUUAAUGUAUAUUAGAAAAAAUGGCUGGAAAUUUCGGAAUGCAGCAGUUGAUCCCGAUUGUAAACAAAUUGCAAGAUGCAUUUGUGCAAAUGGGCGUGCACAUGUCUUUAGAUCUUCCACAAAUUGCAGUAGUGGGUGGUCAGUCCGCUGGAAAAAGUUCUGUAUUAGAAAAUUUUGUGGGCAGAGACUUCCUUCCUCGAGGUUCUGGAAUAGUAACACGUCGUCCUUUGAUUCUGCAACUCAUAAAUGCAAAUGCAGAAUAUGCGGAGUUCCUGCACUGCAAGGGCAAGAAGUUUGUGGACUUCAACGAGGUGCGUUCGGAGAUCGAAGCGGAGACCGACCGCAUCACGGGAUCGAACAAGGGCAUCUCUCCGGUUCCUAUCAAUUUGCGCGUGUACUCCCCCAAUGUUCUCAACUUGACGCUGAUCGACUUGCCUGGGCUGACGAAAGUGCCGAUUGGGGACCAGCCGGUAGACAUUGAGCAGCAGAUCAAGGCCAUGAUCUUCCAGUUCAUCCGCCGCGAGUCCUGCCUCAUCCUCGCCGUCACACCGGCCAACACAGACUUGGCUAACAGUGAUGCCUUGAAACUUGCCAAAGAAGUCGAUCCCCAAGGUCUGCGUACCAUCGGCGUGAUAACCAAGUUGGAUCUGAUGGACGAGGGGACUGACGCGCGCGACGUGCUGGAGAACAAACUGUUGCCGCUCCGACGCGGGUACAUCGGCGUUGUCAACCGCUCGCAGAAGGACAUCGACGGCAGGAAAGACAUCUCCGCUGCCCUCGCUGCUGAGAGGAAAUUCUUCCUCAGCCACCCAUCAUACCGACACAUUGCCGACCGGCUGGGAACCCCGUACCUGCAGCGGGUGCUGAACCAACAGCUCACGAACCACAUCCGCGACACGCUGCCCGGGCUGCGGGACAAGCUGCAGAAACAGCUGCUGGCGUUGGAGAAAGAUGUCGACCAAUACAAGCACUUCCGCCCGGACGACCCCUCCAUCAAAACCAAGGCUAUGCUGCAAAUGAUCCAGCAACUGCAAACUGACUUCGAGCGUACCAUCGAAGGGUCCGGGUCAGCUCAGAUCAAUACCAACGAGUUGUCUGGUGGUGCUAAAAUCAACCGACUGUUCCAUGAACGGUUCCCAUUCGAGAUCGUCAAGAUGGAGUUUGAUGAGAAGGAAUUGCGUAGGGAGAUCGCGUUUGCUAUCCGGAAUAUUCAUGGUAUUAGGGUUGGGUUGUUCACCCCAGACAUGGCGUUUGAGGCUAUAGUAAAGAAGCAGAUCGGCCGACUAAAGGAGCCUUGUAUCAAGUGCGUCGAUUUAGUCGUGCAGGAGUUGUCCAAUGUGGUCCGCAUUUGUACUGAAAGGAUGUCCCGCUAUCCCCGUCUACGCGAAGAAACGGAGCGCAUUAUAAUGUCGCACGUGCGCUCUCGCGAACAAUCAUGCAAGGAUCAGUUGGUACUACUGAUCGACUGCGAACUCGCGUAUAUGAACACUAACCACGAGGAUUUCAUUGGAUUCGCCAAACCCCAACUCGAGCCCGCCCGAUCAACAUGUGCUCAAAAUCAGUCUGAGAAUGCUGCUAAAUCGGGACACCGGGCCCUUGGAAACCAAGUCAUCAGAAAAGGAUACAUGUGCAUACACAAUUUGGGCAUUAUGAAAGGUGGAUCCCGCGAUUACUGGUUUGUAUUGACAUCGGAAAGCAUCUCGUGGUUUAAAGACGAGGAGGAACGGGAAAAGAAGUACAUGUUGCCUCUCGACGGGCUCAAGCUGCGGGAUCUGGAGCAGGGCUUCAUGUCCCGGCGACACAUGUUCGCUCUGUUCAACCCUGAGGGCAGGAACGUAUACAAGGAUUACAAGCAGUUGGAGUUGUCGUGCGAGACACAAGACGAUGUGGACUCGUGGAAAGCGUCAUUCCUACGCGCUGGCGUGUACCCAGAGAAGAAUUCCGAGGCAGCUAACGGAGAUGAGUUAUUUCUGCCUUUCCGGGGGUGGGCUGGAAAUAGGAGAAGUAGUUCAGAUAGCGCGGGCACAAGCAGCAUGGACCCUCAGCUCGAGAGGCAGGUGGAGACCAUCCGUAACUUGGUGGAUUCUUACAUGCGCAUCGUGACCAAGACGACGAGGGAUCUCGUACCCAAGACCAUAAUGAUGCUCAUCAUAAAUAACGCCAAAGAUUUUAUAAAUGGGGAGCUCUUAGCACAUCUGUACGCUUCUGGUGAUCAGUCACAAAUGAUGGAAGAAUCCCCAGAGGAAGCGCAGAAACGAGAGGAAAUGUUGCGAAUGUACCACGCUUGCAAGGAAGCGCUGCACAUAAUCGGCGACGUGUCGAUGGCGACCGUCAGCACGCCCGUGCCGCCGCCCGUUAAGAACGACUGGCUCGAGAGCCGCCUGGACUCCAACCCGCGCCUGUCGCCGCCCUCGCCCGGCGGCCCGCGCCGCGCCGCGCCCCAGCAGCAAGGUUCGAUGGGCCAGCGAGGCGCGCCGCCGCCGCCGGGCCCGGGCACGGGUCGGCCGGCGCCGCCGCUGCCGUCGCGGCCGGGCGGCGCCGCACCCCCGCCCCCCGCCGGCCGGCCCCAGCCCGCCGGGGGCCUGCCCGCGCCACUCAUACCCACGCGUCCGGGCGGCGCAAGCGCAGUGGGCGCGGCGGCGGGCGCCAUGAACCAGCUGCCGCCGCACAUGCGCGCGCAGGUCAACCAGGCCGUGGGCCAGGCCGUCACCAACGCCGCCAUCAACGAGCUCAGCUCCGCCUUCGCCAGAUUCAACCGACCGAUGCCGAAUGUGCCGCCGAAGCUGCCUGACCGCCCGCAGAACGGACGACCAUUUUGAAAACCCCUGUAAUGCCGCCGUUUUGUAUUAAUUACAGUGUAAAUAUGUCUAAUCACAAUUGUAGAUUGCCCUAUCUAGGUAUCAAAUAUUUAGUUAUUAAGCAAUGUUGACUAGGAGUUUAAUGUUUCGGUCCAACAUCGUGUUUAUGUCGAAUUAUAAAUGUGAUGCAAAUGCUAUUAUCCAAGAGUACAGUAGCAGUUUAGGCACGAUUUUCACGAAACACGAUAUUCCCGUGACAUGAAUUUUUCAACACAAAUAUUUUUCCUAUGUUAAAGAAAUGGCAUCGCUUCUACGUGUUUUUUUUUAAUAUUUACAGGUUCAUAAUACCUGUUCAUUAAAACAAUGUGUACAUUAUACAGAUGAAACUUGAAUGUUUAGUAAUAAGUUGUAUAAUCUUAUUUCGUCUAAGCUGGUAUUUAUAAUUCGAGUCAGUAAAACGAUAGUUUCACUUCACUUCAUUGACUCUAAUUAUAAACUUAACUUGAAAUCAAUAUAUGUCAACUUUUGUAUGUCUCCGACGGAGAUGAUUGUGGCGAGACUACUUUAGUGAAAACUAAUAGAACUAAGUUUGUUGCGAACUUUAAAUCGCCCUCCGUUCUUGGGCAUGAGCCCAAAAGUUUUCUUGUAUAGUAUUUCGUAUUUUGCAGUUAAAAUGUAUUUAUUUAGUUAACUUUACGAAAAUUAUUUGCUGCAACGAUUUCUAAAUCAAAUAAGCAAUUGCUUAUAAAUUUAUAAAUUGAAUUGAUUUAUAAAUUGAAUUAAACCAACGACAAUAUUUUAUAUUAUACGAGUAUAAUGAAAAUAGCUAACAAAAUUUAUAAAAUGUUGUUAAAUUGUUGUAGAUCACAUUAGAUAUUUGUAAUGUUAUUAUAAAAUAUAAUCACAAUAUUGUACCUCAGUGAAAAAAGAUUCUAAGUAGUUUGUGUAUUAGAUGUUCGACUGAUAUUAUACCAGGACAUUGGAAUGUUGUGAUAGACUGAGGGGGCUGAUUCACAUCAUGUGACGUGCGCCUUCGAUUAGAGAUUGUAAUGUUAAAUCAUGUUAUUGUGGCAUUUAGUAUUACGACCUGGCGUGUGAAUGUGAUGGUAGUCACUCAAUAAUUCAGCCGUAUACCUAUAUGUUACAUGAAUUCAGAGUCGAUUCAUAAUCCAAAGACUUGACAAAUUAUAAUGUUUCUUUUUUGGGACAUAAUUGUGUACCAUUAUAACGAAUGUUGACUUUAUUUCAUUUCAUUAAUAUAACUUUAAUCUGGUUAAGCUAUACACAAAUAUGAUCAUUGUAGACAUUGAAUUUUACUAUUAGUUAUGAACAAUUCACAACAACACACCUUUUUCAAAAGUGUGCCUAACAAAAUAUACUAAAGAGCGUAUUACGUUCUAACGUAAUACGCUCUUUAGUAUAUUUUGUUAAGUGUUGUAUAAGGGCCCAAACCUUUAAAGUGCCUUCAUUAGAAUGAAGGCACUUUAAAGGUUUGUGGCCUUCAGAAUUUGGUUUAUGUGAUAGUAAUAUAAUGCAGUCUCAUAAUUAUGAUAUUGCCGCACACACAGCUAUAGUUGUAGCAAUAGAUAUUUUUGAUUAGUAUUUUUUUUAAUUGUCCGACAUAAUGUACACGGCGGUACCGUAUCAAAUUUAAUUGACACCACCUAAUUUACUGAUGUGGACAUAUGUAACGAUAUCCAAUUUUACUUAUUAAGAUCUCAUUUACUGAUAAGAAUAUUAAGAUGAUUAUUUUGUGACAAAGUGAAUUAGGAAAAUUUUCGUACAAAAAUCAUUGCUACUGAUUUGUGAAUUUAUUAUAUUACUAAAGAAUAAUGCAAGCUAAGCUGCUGUACGUUGAUUUUAAAUGAAAUACAAUCGUCUUUCUUGCUGUUAACGUUUCUCUUCGUUAUUAUUUCGUUUUUUUUUCUUCGUUUCCUAUUUAUUAAUUUAAAACAUUCCUUUGCUUCUGUUCACGCGUCAGGAAUAAUUUAUGUAUAUAGAUGUAAAAACAAUGUAAUAUGGACUUGUUUAUACUUUGUGUACUGUUGUAUGCGUCUGUAAUAAAUGUGUAUAUAAUUCUUCAA